AUGAACCCACUCCGACAUGACUUUAUCAAAGCAUGCCUACGUUCCUCCGAGACUCAUCCGCCGCCAACUCUCUCAUAUCUUGAUAUAGGCUGUGGUGGUGGAAUAUUCGCAUCUUCUGCUGCACGUCUUCCAAACACCUCGAAGGUCACAGCAAUCGAUCCCACCGAACUAGUUAUCGAGGUUGCCAAAUCCCAACAACGUUCCGAUCCUGGAAUUUCACAACCGAAGUUGAACUAUCUCAAUUGUGCUAUUGAAGAUGUACCCGUUCCACAAUCCGAAUCUGAGAAAGUCGAUGUUAUCUCUGUGUUUGAAGUCCUAGAGCAUAUUGAUGAUCCCACUGCGUUCCUUGACCUGGCGGCACCUCACUUGAAGAAGGGCGGUUGGAUUGUAGGGUCGACUAUCUCACGGUCUCCAUUGGCAUACUUGACCACAAAACUUAUUGCAGAAGCUCCCUUGAUUGGCGUUGUACCUGCCGGUACUCACGACUGGAAUAAAUACAUCAAUCCCUCGGAACUACAAAGAUAUUUCACUUUGAAAGAGCCAGGCACCUGGGGCAGCUUCAAAACUCAAGGAGUGAUAUAUGUCCCAGCUUUAGGAUGGAAACUUGUCAAGAACAGUGAAACUUAUGGAAAUUACUUCUUCGGUAUCCAGAAGCUAUGA